UUGUAUGGUACUCUAUGAUUGUAUGUAUUUCGGUGCUAAAGUUCGCAAUUUGUUUUAUUUUUCUUUUCUGCGGGAUUACCUGUGAGUUAUUUGGCAAGUGUGCGUUAAAAAAAAUAAGUGUCCUAUCGACAUGUAAACUUUUAGUAUGAAUUUAUGAAUAUGAAAUAAUAAUGAAAUUAACUUUUAUUAAUUAUUAUAAAUUCAAUGUAUAGUGGUUUGCGUUUACACGUGUUAUUAUGACAAAUAAAUCCUAAUAGCAAUCAAUAUGUCAGAGGCACAAACAACCAGUAACCAAAUACAAGUAACCAAAAUACAUAAACUUCCACUUAUUUUAAAAAAAAAUUCUAUAAAACCAAGCUCGAAAUGUGGAAUGUUAUUCCGUUGCUUGCCGGGCACGGGCACUUCUAAAACUGUAAUAAAGGAGGAUGUAAUAUACAAGUCUGUCGAGGGUGACUUUCUGCAGGGGAAAUACCCUGGCAUUUGUUUGAUUAAUCGUUUGGACGUUGCUAAAAAUUGUAGUAGCACAGUUGCCUCUUACAAGGGUCCGAACGGUGACGUUAUCAAGCUAACUUCGGACGCUGUGGUUAAAACCAUCGGGCAGGCGAACUACGAUCAAGUGAUCGCGUCUUUGUGUUGUGUUUUCAAUCAGGAGUUGAAAGUUAAGGGCAUACUUGCCUUGCUCUCCGAGACUAUAGCGUCACCAUCACCGGAAACUAAAAAAUAUUGCUCGGUUGUCACGCAGACGUACGAAUCGUCCUUCAAUCAUUUAAUAAGAGAGAAACAGAGGCGCUCACGGAAUCUCGGACGUUCGCAGGUGAAGCCGUACAUCGUGCCAAAAGAAUCUCAAAUUGUGUCCAAAAAGCUUGUCAUACACCCGGCUACUUUUAUGAAACUUGACAAUGUUAAAGUUGAAUUUGAGGAAACUAACACAACUGCCUUACCAGAUACUAGACAGAACAUAGUUGAUAAUGAAGACAAUCCUACCAGGCCAUCAAACAACUUAUUUGAUAAUAAACACAAUCCAACUGGGCCAGAGAGUAACAUAGUUCAUCUUGAAGGGAAUCCAACAGGGCCAUUGAAAAGUACAUGUGAUGUCGAAGGACAGAUACACUUUACAUCAAUUUCAAAAUUGUCUAAUAAAGGUUCUGAAGAGACAAGACUAAAACUUGAGACCAUUAAACAGGAGCAUGAUAACGAAUGUACUGAUGAUUUUUUAUCAUGUGAUGAAAACAAGACUAACUCAUAUGACUGUGAUGCAUUCCCUGAAUUGAAUCAAUUUAUUCAUGAGGACAGCAUUAUCUCUGAUGUCAGUGUCAGUAAUUUAUCAAUAGGAAGCCUUAGUAUACCAGGUAUAGAGAGAAAUGCACAGUCAAUACUUAACUACAUAGAUAGACACACAGAAUUUGAUUACCUAGAUAACAAUCAAUGUGCAAGUGAAGUUACAAAUCUAAAAUUAAUAAUGGUUGACGGGUCAACAGUCACAGUAAAGGGAAAUCCGGACCCAUUUCAUAUAGCGACACCAGAUAUUUUGAAAGAUUUGACACUCGAUGAUCAGAAAAAAUUGAUGCUGCACCAAGCAUAUUUAGAUUGGAAAUACUGUCUGCAAAGAAAUGAAGAUAAUAAUUUACCAAUACAUAUAGCAGUUCUCAACAAUGACGUUAAUUUAGUCAAUAGGCAGUGCCUUGUACUGAAGAGCAAAAAUGAAUCAAUCGACAUUGCGGCUUCUGGGAACUUAACAGCAUUACAAAUGGCAGUAUUCCAAGACUGUCCGGAGUGCACCGCUGUGUUGCUAGCUCAAGGCGCAGACUUGAUGGUACGGGAUGAUGAAGCGAGGACUGUCCUGCACUUGGCGGCCGAGAUAGGCGCCAAGCACGUCGAAGCUAUAGUGGAGCAUUGCUACAGUAAUGCCAGGCAAAUAUUAAAAGAGCAUUGUGAGUUAUGGAAACCAGAAUUAGAAAAUAAAACGGACGAUAAACUUGUCAAUUACUUGCUAAUAAAACUCAGCAUGAUGUAUGAUAAUCAGGGCUAUACCCCGCUCAUGUUGGCCAGUAAGCUGGGCAACGACGCGGCGGUGCGCUUGCUGGUGUACGCGGCGCCCAGCACCGUCAACAUGGCGAUGCCCACCUGUGGGAACACCGCGCUCUACCUCGCCUGUGCCGCAGCUUGCACCGAGGCGCUCAAUCGCGGUGACAAAACAAAAAUACCGGAGAACUAUAAAAAGACCAUUGAAAUUUUAAUCGAAAAUGGCGCCGACCCGGCGAUAGAGAACAACUCCGGCACCAACGUCACUCUGCUACUCACAGAGUUCCAAGACAUUACUUUGUCUUGCCUCAUAUCGUCCAAGCUCUCGGGUUUCAACGGUUGCGAUGGUAGGCAAUACGAUACCGUCAUGCUCGUCAAAGACGCGAAAGGCGUCAUCACUGUUAAAGAAUUGAACAAAAACCAGGCCAAUUCAAAUCAUCCGAAGGUUUAUACAAAUCCCAAAGGAAUAAGUAAAGAUACAAGGUAUACUGUUGUGACACCAACCAAGGAAAUGAAUACAAAACUGGCAGCCAAACCCAGUGAUGAUGAUAAAAAGACUGACACUGCUAAACCUGUGAUAUUAAAAAAUUUGCCUGUCAUCACGAAAAUAUCAACGUUUGGUAUGAAGAAAGUGGUUUCGAUCAAAGACAUAUCUCUUAUGUCGGGUAAUGACAAAGGUCUGUUGACCCAAAUAACCACUAAAUCCAAUCCAAAGAAACCAAGUGCCUCGUCGUCUUUGAGUGCCACCACGAAAGCACCAAAAUUUUUGAAAAUCUUGCCUAAACCAGCACCGAAAAAGGUGAUAAGUAAUACACCAAUUAUACUUAAAAAUACACUUAAAAGACAUAUUUCUGAUAACAGUGAGAACUCGCCGUCAAGUUCCAGUAAAAUAAAAAAAACAUAGAAUAAUAUAAACUAGCCUGAAUUUACAAAUCCAAUGGAUCCAAACGAAUGGAUCAUUGUACUGUUUUACAAUACUAUUUUUACAAAGGUAUUUUGAAGGACUGACAGAUAUAAAUUAUGGGUAUUGUAGUACCUACUCAAUAACAAAAAAGUGUAGACCUAUAGAUUUUUUUACAGUAAUAAAAAACUAUUAUAAAUUAUAAUUAUUAGUCUUGCUCUGAAAAUGUGUUUUUUAAUAUUUACUAUUUAAUUUCUAAAUUGAACCUACAGAGGAAUGACAGGUAUACCAACCCUAAAUAAGAAAAAAGUCCAAUCUUAAAACCCUUUUCUUAUUUAAGGUGGGCAUAUCUAAAUUUUAAAUGUAUUAUUUCGAAAUUCUGCUGGAAUUACGAUAUAAUAGUCAGGGAUCCCUAGAACAUUUUUACCUAGAACCUGAAUACUAACAAGCAAAUUUUUCCUGAGUAGCUUCCAUCUCGAUAAGAAGAUAUUUUUUUUUUAUUUACGAAAAUUCUUGAUUCUGAUAGCUAACUAAGUUACCAGGAAAUGAAAGCGUCAGAACGAGAUAAUGUACCAUGCAAAUUUGUAGGACAAUAUGGCUGUUAAAUUGUAUAACUAUUAAUUAAGCUACAGUAAAAAAACAGCUGGUUAGUAACAACUUUUAAUAAACUCGUUAUUGAUACAAGUUGGGAGGAGGGUAGAGUUACAAAAGUUGUUGCUAACCACAUCGAUCGUAGAUCGUUAGAUGGGCCUCAAAGCGUUGCGGAAUUGUCAUUGGUUUCGCACAUUGAGUACGCCAUCACUCGUAACACAUUUCUCUUUAUUCAUGUUGUGGCUUGUGUAUUUACACUUCCAAAAUGAACACGAAGGCAUAAUUAAGGGAUUAAAAUAAGAAAAAACAGUAAAUAUUUUUUUUAAGUCCACGUCAACUCACAGCAUGCGCUUGUUACGUACUAAGAUAAAAUGUGCAUGCACGUCUUUGGGUAAUGACAUAAAAUUGUGCGUUCUCUAAUAUGGAGGGGCCCAUCUAACGAUUUAUAUCGAUGGCUAACCAUACGUUUUUUUUCUCACGAAAAAUUAGCUUGUUAGUUAAUCAGGUGUACAAAAUGUUCUAGGGAUCCCUGACUCCCUCCAUAUUAGAGAACGCACAAUUUCAUGUCAUUACCUGCCAAAAACAUGUUUAUGGCGGUUAUGUUCAUUGUCAUUAGCUUAAACGUUUAUAUUGUGAUAACUUUUAAUAAAGCAAGUCUCGAAAAGUCGUAGUGAUAUAUAGAUGUCGAUAUAGAAAUCUAAUUUUAUUACGAAAUCAUGUUUGGACCAUAGACUAAAAAAAAUAUGGAGGAUAGAAGUAAGGACGUCUUUAUGGGAAACAAGUUGAAAGUGUCUGACUGUUUUUAUGGUUUGCAGGGUGUCGAGUUAAAAACUUAGUAACUCAACUAUCAAUAAAAUGCUAUUGAUGUAUGUACUUGUUCCAAAGUUACGUUAUACAAAUAUAACCUACAGUUUUUGGCACUUUUUUGAACUCUGUGACGUAUAUGAAUUAAGACAGAACCUUUAAUUCAUACAGAGGUGGAUGUCUAACGAUCAAAUGGGAUGUGACGUUUAAAAAUCUCAACUGGACAGUGAUGUCAUAUAGACCGGCACACCGCACCAGGAGGACUAUUCUGUAACGAUGUUCUGUUUAACUCGCUAGUGCGAGUUUCGAUUUAACCUCUAUCGUUCUCUUUCUAUUGUAUCGUGUUAGACAGAGAGAAAUAAAGGGGAAUUCGAAACUCGCACUUACGAGUUAUAUAAAACAUCGUCACAGAAAAGGCUUGGCAAAUUCAUUCGUAACACUCCCGAUGGUCCGCGGAGCGGCGGGGGCCUGUAUCGAUGAUAGAAAAAAAAGUUUAACGCUACACAUAAAUUAUUACGCUACGAAUAAGUCUUAAGAUAUCCUCUGAACAUCCUAUUAACAUAACUCGAUAUUAUAUUAAAUGAGUAUAUUAUUUGUGUAUUAUUAGAGAUUAAUUAACUAUUUAAAUAAAUAUAAUUGGCACAAUAAAAAGGACGCAUAAUUAUUUUAAUAAAAACAUAACAACAUCUUCCUAUUGAAUAUUUAUAAAAAAAAAUGUUUUUAUAAUAUUGAUAUUUAUAACAUAUUCGGUUGUCUUGACAACAAAUAUCUUAGGUCGUCGGACUCGUUUUCGCAUAUGAAUAUCGUGUGCGUUUUGUUCUGACAGCCGCAGGUCAUUUAAUAAGAGUUGUUGUCGACAGUGACUGUCCACGACUGAUGCACUUGAAUUUUGGUUUGGCCCCUGCCCCGCGCGCGCUAUUACACACCCCCGCAGUCUCAGGCCCCCCGUCGCCUGCAUACCAUGGGAGUGUCGUUUUGGAUCGAGAUAAUAUUACCUACAUGUUGACACUCCUUAAAGGUGGGUACAGAUUGGUGCAAUGCAACAUGUAAUGUAAUAUUCUGCCUUACAUUGCAUGUUCCCUGCUGCCUUGGACGUGUGGCGCGCGCGGUACGCGCAUUGACUACGUAUCAUUCGAAAACAUCUGUUCCCGCAUUUCGUAACAAACAUUAUUAAUUAACAUUAUUGCACUUUAGUCUUUAAAGUAUAGUACACCAAUCUGUACCCACCUACCUCUAGCCUCUUUACUACUGUUGCAGGAAGUUAAUUUUCUACGUUAAAAUAUUUUAUUUAUGUUGUAACGUGUAACGUUGUAUAUGCAUGAUCUAAUAUAAUAUCCAAGUUUACACAGCGAGACAAGUUACAAGCCCUCAAGAUUUAAAAAGCAAUUGCUUGAAAUAUUACUGGCUGAAAUAUUUAUUGAAAUUUCAAUUUGUUAUGUAAAUAAUGCAAUAAAUUUACAAACUGAUGUUACAAACCAAUUCAUUUAUAAUUUUUGAUUUUGUAUUAUAAUUAUAGUGCGUUAUCUGAAUAGAUUGUUGGAAUAACCUUAUAAAUUAGGAUAUACGGCAGCAAAAUGUGUAAAAAUAGGAUAAGUUGUGUGUCGCAUAACGCAUGAUGGGGUUGUUCAAAUGACGCCGCCUGUGCUAUUUGUAAUAAUGACAUAUCAUAUAUAAGUGAAAAAGGAUAUGCAUUAUGAUAUUUACUUGGGUUUUUGUUACCUGUAAUAGCAGGUAUAAAAAACGUUCUGCCAAAAAGUCGACACAAUUGUCUAAAAUCUCUCGCGAAAACUGAACUCAAGAAUUACACAGAAUUAUUUGUUGUACUAUUAUCACAAUUAAUUUUAAAGAAUCCUACUGUUUAUUUUUUGUAAAAAAAAUAAGUUUGACAUUUGGUCGAUUUUUAGGUAUGGAGUAUUUUCGAAUGCAAAUGUAAUUACACAAAAAACACAAAUAUGGGUUCUAACGGUGCCUAAUAAAAAGCCCGUCUCAAACCUGUAUGAAGUGAGAGUAAAAACCGCAAAUCUACCUCAUGAAUAUCUGAUAGGUAUAUUGUAACUAUUAGUUUUUUUUUAUUUUAAGCUCUCAGUCGAAGUUUUAGAUAUAAUAUUUAAGGGCGAAAUUUCACAAAUAUUAGAUAUAUUCCUUCUCCUCGAUUAUAAUCAAUCAAUGGGACUUUUUUUUGACUUUAUUCACAACAAAAAAAGCAUCACGCUUUCGGGGAAUUUCCAGACCCAAUCAAUCUCAUAGGAGAAUGAUCGGGAAUUCCCCGUUCGCUAUGUAUUAUAUUCGUACCCAACAUUCUCAGCCGCGUCUGUUGAAUACGCGAGAAGCCUCAAUCAUUCUCACAAACCCUACUGUCGUUGGUUUAAGAAUUUCUUUUAGUGUAAGCAAUGGUACAUUUUAAUAUUAAUAACACUAUGUAAGGCUACAUCAUCGCGUCUGUAAAAUAAUGAAGAUAAAGCCAAAAUACUGAUAACUGUGUACUAAUGACCUGCUACAAUACAUACCUAGUAUAGAGUAACUAGCAAAGAGUAACUUUACUUUGUGACCGCUAUAGCGAAACAGUUGAAUCUUCCCCUGCGCAGUACAAGUACAGGAAAUGACGUCAGAGGGUAGUGAGGGACGAGCGGACCCCCAAAAAUACCCCUUUUCGCCCGUACCUCUUGACAAUGGUAACUCUGUCGUCAUACCCUAGCACUUUAGAACUAUAGUAAAAUUAUUAAUUCCAGUCACUAAAAUGACAAGUGCAACUGUCACUGAAAUGUCAUUCUACUGAUUGGAAUUAAUAAUCAUAAGUAAGGUUGAAAUCGUAUGUACGAUUAUUAAUUCCAGUCAGUAAAAUGACAUUUCAGUGACAGUUGCAGCUGUCAUUUUACUGAUUGGAAUUAAUAUUCAUACUUUAAGUUGUAUACUGCAGAAAGUAGAUCUCGCAGUUUUAUCUGCUUUUGAGACUUCUCACUCCAACAAGUCGGCAACUCAGUUUUAUAAUGGAAAUAAUUUAAAGUAGGGUAUAAAACAAUAAAGGCAUCAAAAUAUAAGUUACAAAAUUAAGUAAGUACGUGCCACAUAAACCGAUUCGGAACUCCCCUACGAAGUUGGGUGUUUCUGAAAAAAUUUUAACCGGAUUAAAAAAAGAUAAUACCUCAAUCUACUAUACAGGUUGUUUCGUAAUCUUAACCACGAAUUGAGGAUUAAUGAAUAUUCGUAAUAACGAUUAUGAAAUCGCGAAGACGUCGUGCAAAAUGAGUUAUGACAUCGAAGUUUCGUUUACUCAUUUAUAACUCGAUAGAACUCUUUCUAUGAUCUAAAUUGAAGCAAUUUUCGGAGGCUGAUUUUGCAUAAUGACUUUAAUCGUAUGUGUAUCUACUUUAUUUUUGAAAAUAUUGAAAAUUUCUUUUUUUUUUGUUUUUGUAUAAAGCAAUGUAUAAGAAUUUUUAAGGAAUACUAUAAAAACUUUCAUUAGUUACUGUAGGAUCAACAUAACACAGUAUAACAUGUAUGAGCAGGUUCUCUAUGUAAUAUAAUUAAAGGAUAUUUGUAGAUAAUACUUUGUUGUACAUUAAAUGCUUUGUUGUUGCAUAAAAAGAGGAUCAUAGUCUCUACCUUUUGAAACCGUAGAAAUAUUAUGUAUAAAGGAUAAUAUUAUGUACUGUAUACUAAAUACCUGAAUGUAUACUAAUUACCUGAAUGUAUACUAAAUACCUGAAUUUGUCAGAACAUUCCCAGUUUCAAUUUAUUCAGAGUUUUUAAUCAUGAGCUUUACCAUGCAACGUGAAAACUACUCCGCCGCGAUGCAUGAACGUUUUAAGAACAACCGUUAAUUAAUUUCAGUAUUAUAGAAAACAAACAAGGUUAAAUACAAAAUUUUAUCGGAACAUCUUUAUAUGUAGGAAUCCUUUAGGAACUGGAUGAAUGAAAAUAUAUUUUUUUUUCAUUGAAUAAAAUAUUAUUCAAAGCAAGCUUCGCUGUGGCUGGUUUUUAUAUUAAUUAAUAUUUUUAAAAAUACUUUUUUUUUCUAUUUACCUAGCGUAAAUAUUGUAUUUUUUUUUUGUAUCGUAUAUUUUGGUAGAAUUUACUUGUGGUUUAACGUCGUAUUAUGUAUAUUAUAUUCGUUUAUACGAAAAAAAAAAAACUGAAAAAUCUUCAAAAAAAUAUAUAAAUAUGAAAAAUAUUGAAAAAAAUGUAAAAGUAUAAUUUUAAUUAUUUAAUUUAUUAAUUUUGCACUAAAGUUGGCCCUUUAAGUUUUUUUUAAAUAAACGUCCGAGUGACGUCUAUGCCCGUGGUAUAUUGGCGUACAAAACGAACACUUAGCACGUAAUUAGUGAUAAAUUGAGUGCCUGUAAUAGCCAGACCUUCGGGAUUUUUUAAAAUGCCUCCUAACAUAGGUAAAUGCCGUAUUCAAUACACUUGCCUUGCCUUGCCACCGUACGGUAAGGCAAGUGUAUUGAAUUUAGAUCGUGCUUGGCUUUGGUAGGCAGCAGGUUACAAGGACUUAGACUCACCACUCAUUUUCAUUUAAUUUUUUUUCACCGGCUUGCUAUGCUUGGAGCAUAAAUCGUAUUUUUGUGUAUUUCGACAUAAGUGAAAUCAUGUCCUCAGCCAGUAUAGCCAGUAAUUUAAGAGUGGCUACGUGGCAACAUUUUAAAUUUUGUAAGGGUUUCUUGGAAGGGUUGCCAUGUAGAUCAUCAAGAUUCUGUAGAAGAUAUAAAAUUAUCCUUCCUUUUACUGCUUCGCCGUAGUCGGAUAAUUACGCUCGAAGGUCCGUUUAUAUCUACAGACGGGCCGCGCCCGGCCAGUAUUCGCGGAAAGAAUAUUUUGUCUGUGCGGUUCAUGUCUGUAGUCCUUUUCAUGAAACCUGAACUAAAAUUGACAGCGCCUUACAUAAAUGACAAUAAGACCGCCAUUACCAAAUGACAAUGUGUGCCAUUAAGACAUUAGUGCCGCGUCAGGGGGACUUCUUUCAUGAAAAGGACUUUAAGUGUCUCUAGCUAGCUACCUGCUGGGCAGUGUGAAUAGGCGGUGUCUGUGGGUGUCUGCCAUGCUUCUUGUCUGUGACGCAUUGUGUCUGUGGAUAUAAACGGACCUUACUUUGGCUAUUGAGGGGCUGGAAUCUUGUAACCUGCUCUACUCCCAAUCCAUCCAUUUGUUUUUUUACUUUAUUCUGCGUCAUUUGUUAUGGAAGAAAAUAUACCUAUAUUGAAAAAUAUAAAUGUAUUAGGGUUGAAUGUUCAAUUAUUUGGCGUUGAAUGUGUUAUUAUAAUCGGAUGCAAUCUUUAUGACGGCUCGGAAAUAAGCUGCGGAUGUCGCUACGCGCAUAAAGUCAAGGCUCGUGAGGUUAUUUCUGUAGGAGGAGUGCGCGGGGUGAUGCCCCACCGUCGCGCCCUUAUGUUACCGCUGACAUCUAAAAUCUUGCAUUGCGCUUAACGCACGAUGUUUCGCAACGUCAUAAAGUCUGCAUCCAACUAUACUUCGUUUAUCGUUUAUCAUUAUAAUCUUCGAACUUGAGUCAAAACUAAAUAGGUACGUACAAUAUACAGGAAGAAAUUUUUUCAAGUACGGAUAUUUUUAUAUUUUGUACAUAAACAAAAUUUAAUGAACACGUAUUUUUUCUUUUUUUUUUUAACUCAACAAUAACAAAGUUAUCGUUAGCUAAAGUUUAAACAUUUAAACAGAAUUUGAGGGUCACCCUAUCGCUGUACUAAGUAAUAGCACAGUAAUAGGCAACUACAGAAUGGUUGUAUCAAUCAGCUGGUAGGUACUAGGUUAGCGAGCGCCCGCGCCGAGGGCCGUUGACCUUUCUACGUUUAUUUUUGUACCUAUUAUUUUUUAUAAUAAUUAAAGGUCGUCACUUUUGAGUUGAGUAUCGAUUUUCCCUUCAUACUUUAUUGGGCUUAGGACCAUCAAUAAUGCGUAGUAAUAAUAAAAAUUAUAAACUUUCGAUUGGAAUAAUGAAAUACAAAUGAUGAUUAUUAUUACGCAAACUUUUGCUUUAAAGGAUGAUUCGACUUAAAUGCGCAAGCGACGGCAGAUUGUCUGUCACUGGUCGCCCAUCGGCAAUUCGGCAGGCGUCCUCAGGGAUUUUUCGAUCCCUCACCCCUGCCACCCCCGUCAGCCGAAGCCGAAGCGAUAUGACUACUGCCGGUAUUUCUUUGUCGGCGUCUUACAAAGUGCCGCCAGCAGUUGCGCAGUUUGUUUGGGAAUGUGUCCAUUAUUUUGUUAUUUCUGAGACAUAAAUUGAAAAAAAAAAUUACAUAAAAUGUAUCGAACUGUUUGUAGAUUUAUGUUCUAUUAAUGAUACAGAACCACGAAAAAAAAUGUCCGCACUAAAGUCCGAAUCACCCUGUAGAACAUUAUUUCGCCAGUCUCUUAUAAGUAACGUUUGCCGAUGUGUAACAUCUUUCUCUUCCUUUCUUGCAAUUUGUGAAAGCCGUAUCGUGAGACGGAAUUAUAUGAUGAUGAUGGAUGCUAGCCACCCACCGGGAUCCCUAGCCCAAUCCCCCAGGGGAUCCCCGUGAACUCAUACGUUCAUCAGGAUCCCCUUAAAAUAAAAUAAGUAAAGAUAGUAGCGCACUGGGUUCACUCAUCAUGUGUUGGUCGCGAUGUGCAUAAUGCCUCAAUUUGAAGCAAAAAUCGCUACUAAGGGUUCAUUUACACGAGCAGCAACUGCUACCGACGACUGCAGUCGCCUGCAAUGGGGAUGAUGAUAGGUUUGAUUAUAUUGAUUUUUAUGAUACAUUCGGGUAAAUAAGGUCAAUGUUAACUAAUUUAUACAUAAAAAGCAAAGAUUGUCUGGAUAUUUGCAUAAUAAAUAAGAUUAUAAAAUUUCAAAAUGUAAUGAAUUUUUUUUAUCGUAAUUUGAUGAAAAUUUAUACAGUUUUAGCUUCCUUACAUUAAAUGUGACAUUUUUCAAUAAAUGAACUAUAAACAUAAAAGCACAAAUAACAAAGAUAUUAGCAAUUUUGUUUCAACGCCCAUACAAACCUAACGAUCAGCGAGCCAACGACGUCACUAAAUCGUACCAUUUUGUAUGGAGCGUUUUUCAGGGAUCCGCGGCAUUGCUGCAAAUCUGACCUUUUAAAUCCCUGUAGCUCCGAAAGUAAUGAUCGCAGAUACCCUGUUACUUUUACAAAAUUGCUUUACUCUUAAUUUAUAUACAAUUUAAAAAACUGUCAUCAUCCCUAUUGCUGCUCCUGUAAAUGAACACGUUGAGUUUUUUAGACGUCAUGCCGGCAGCGCUGCAAAAUUGUGGGCAAAUUGGACCGUGGGUGGCUAGUAUAAGCUGGAGGAGAAAGUGUGCGCUAUUUUUAACCAAUGAGCGCGUGAGGUGCUACAGUUCGCCGACAGGUUGUUUAAGUAGGUACCUACCCUCAUAUCAGAAAACUUUAAUUAAGUAUGUAAUUGAUAGAAUUUUAUAUGUAUUCAUCACGUGCAUAUUGAAAUAGAAUUAAACAAGAUAAAUAGUCUGGCGAAUGAAAGUAGAGACUGAAAUCGCCCUCCAAAUUUAAAAAAUCAUUUAAACAAAUUAAAAAAAACAUGCGUUUUCAUAAUUUGUUUAAAUUAUAUUUUCGUUUGUGAAUUCAUUACUACCUAUAUAUUAAACUCAGUUAUUCCAAUAUUUGCACUAUAAUUGUCAGAAUUUACUCUGAUUUUUUUUAAUUUGGCGGGCGAUUUCAGUGUCUAUAACUGGAUUGAUAGCUUUAUAGACAACUUCAAAAAAGACGGCUCUCCUCCCUCGGCCUUUUAUCGGUUGUAGCUAAUAUUUAAGAUUUCUUUUCUUGGUUUUUGUUGGUUGAGUGUAAAGAACUCCAAUUUCGUUCGUUUCAUAAAAUCAACUGAAGUUUUACUACUACUAUUAUCCUAUCGUUUCGUAAUCUACAGCAAUCUACUAAAAUUGUUUUUAGUAUAUAAUGUUGAUUGUUAAGGUGUGACGUCAGAUGUUACACAUUGCUAUGCGACUAUUGUACCUAACUAAGGUUCACCUAUUUUUGUUUUACUCGUCUAUUGUUUCUAAAAGACUAUUCUUGUGUUCAGUUAAUUAUGUGGAAAAUAAAAUUAUUUUAAUUUAAA